GAAGGGGAAAAAAAAACUUGUCACUUGAGAAGGGUGGUGCCUCGUCUGUCAAGAAGUUUAAGAAUUUGAGACUACACACCUUGACAAACAGAAAGUGUGGCCAUGGGAGACGUGGAGAAAGGGAAGAAGGUAUUUGCAUUGAAAUGUUCCCAGUGUCACACUGUGGAGGAAGGUGGAAAACACAAAGUGGGGCCAAACCUGUGGGGUCUCAUUGGCAGGAAGACAGGACAGGCGCCUGGCUUUUCUUAUACACGGGCAAAUGUUGAGAAAGGUAUCAUAUGGAGUGAAGAGACUCUGAUGAUCUACCUUGAAAACCCCAAAAAAUACAUUCCCGGUACCAAGAUGAUCUUCAAUGGUCUCAGAAAGAAAAGGGAAAGGCAGGAUAUUAUUGCCUAUUUAAAGGAAGCCACCUCACCGAAAUAGAUACACAACAAUUUCUCAUUAUAUUAUUAAAUUGCAUCUUAUUGUGUGUAAUGCAUAUGUUCAUGUAUGAAUUUUAUUAUCUCUAUAUGAAUUCACUUCUUGACUCUAAAUACUUAAAUUGAAUUUUCUUACCAUAUUUUAAUUUAUUGAGAUGCACCUACAUUAUGAUAUCUAUUAAAAUCUUUGAAUUAUA